GAGACUCAGACAGUUGUUGUCACUGACUGAGAGCUGAAAUGGCGCAGAAAGGAGUUCAGCUGGACCGGGAAACCUUCUCUUGUUCCAUCUGUCUGGAUCUACUGAAGGAUCCGGUGACUACUCCCUGUGGACACAGCUACUGCAUGGACUGUAUUAAAAGCCACUGGGAUGUAGAGGAUGGUAAGUACAGCUACAGCUGCCCUCAGUGCAGGAAGACAUUCACACCGAGGCCUGUCCUGCUGAAAAACACCAUGUUAGCAGAUUUAGUGGAGGAGCUGAAGAAGACUGGACUCCAAGCUGCUCCUGCUGAUCACUGCUAUGCUGGAGCUGAAGAUGUGGCCUGUGAUGUCUGCACCGGGAGAAAACUCAAAGCACACAAGUCCUGUCUGCAAUGUCUGGCUUCUUUCUGUGAGAAACACCUCCAGCCUCAUUAUGAAUCAGAGACAUUCAAGAAACACAAGCUGGUGGAGCCGUCCAAGAAGCUCCAGGAGAACGUCUGCUCUCGUCAUGAUGAGGUGAUGAAGAUGUUCUGUCGUACUGAUCAGCAACUUAUCUGUUAUCUCUGCUCUGUGGAGGAACAUAAAGGCCACGACACAGUCUCAGCUGCAGCAGAAAGGACUGAGAGGCAGAAAAAGCUCGAGGGGAGUCGACAGACCAUCCAGCAGAGAAUCCAGGACAGAGAGAAAGAUGUGAAGCUGCUUCAACAGCAGGCGGAGGCCAUCAAUCUCUCUGCUGAUAAAGCAGUGGAGGACAGCGAGAAGAUCUUCACUGAGCUGAUCCGUCUCCUGGAGAAAAGAAGCUCUGAUGUGAAGCAGCAGGUCAGAUCCCAGCAGAAAAGAGAAGUGAGUCGAGUCAGAGAGCUUCAGGAGAAGCUGGAGCAGGAGAUCACUGAGCUGAAGAGGAAAGACUCUGAGCUGGAGAAGCUCUCACACACAGAGGAUCUCAACCAGUUUCUACACAACUACCCCUCACUGUCACCACUCAGCCAAUCAGCAUCCAGCAUCCAUAUCCGUCCUCUGAGCUGCUUUGAGGACGUGACAGCAGCCGUGUCAGAAGUCAGAGAUAAACUACAGGACGUCCUGAGAGAGAAGAGGACAAACGUCUCACUGACAGGGACUGAAGUGGAUGUUUUACUGCCACAACCAGAGCCCAAGACCAGAGCUGGAUUCUUAAAAUAUUCACGUGAAAUCACACUGGAUCCAAACACAGCACACACACGGCUGUUAUUAUCUGAGGGGAACAGGAAAGCAACAGUAAUGAGUCAAACACAGUCUUAUUCUAGUCACCCAGACAGAUUCACUGGCUGGUAUCAGGUCCUGAGUAGAGAGAGUCUGACUGGAUGUUGUUACUGGGAGGUGGAGAGGAGAGGAGCAGUGUAUGUAGCAGUCUCAUACAAGGAUAUCAGCAGAGCAGUGGGGUCAGAUGAAUGUAGAUUUGGACGAAAUGACAAAUCUUGGGCGUUACAUUGUAACAACAGUUAUAUAUUUUGGUCCAACAAUGUCCAAACUCCCGUCUCAGGUCCUGGGUCCUCCAGAGUAGGAGUGUACCUGGAUCACAGUGCAGGUAUUCUGUCCUUCUACAGCGUCUCUGAAACCAUGACUCUCCUCCACAGAGUCCAGACCACAUUCACUCAGCCCCUCUAUGCUGGACUAAGGGUUUAUGGAGGCAUUAUCUUUAAUAAUGGAGCCUCUGCUGAGUUGUGUAAACUGAAAUAGACAGAAGUCAUUUAAGGGUUAAAUUCUGUGUUUUAACUCUUUGACUUAUUUAGUCUCCAUGUUUAUUUGCUUUUCUAAACGUUUUUGUAAAUUAGUUUCAUGUUUCUUUUGCUUGUAUUGACAUUUUAGAAGUGAUGAGAUGUUUUUUGUUAGUUGAGAAAAUCAUUCGGGGAGCCCAAGAAGCUUUCAAUGUGCUCCGUUGAGAUCUGUUAUUUUACCUUUGAUUGUUGAAACAGGAUGAUAGGUUUAAAAAUAUCAUUACCGAGAUGAUCUGUAGAUAUUAGUUGUUGUUGGUUAUUCAUGUAUUUCUCCAUGUUCUGUAUCUGCGGGACAGGCUAUGUGUAAACAUAGCCUGAAAGUGUAUUUAGUUUAUUUAGUUUCUCUUCCACUGCAUGACUCUGAAGAACCAAAAUGUUGUUAUCAUAAUCAUAAUCAAUAAGUCAUUCUUCUCUUUUCCAUAGCUGAGAUUCUGGUUCUGUGUGGAUGAAGUGAAUGUGUUGAUGAAAUCAUUGAACAAGAGUCU